AAUGAUGACGUUUUAGCGUGGCGAAGUGGCAAGAUGGCUGCAACAGCGGCUUGGAUGCAUGGGCCCGCCAAUAUGCGGUUAGCCGAGGGUCUGGUGUCUGUUCUGAAAGAGCAGCGGCCCGAAUAUUUACCUGCACUUUUAGCAAAUUACCGGGAGCAUGGAGUGGUUUCGACUCAGAGUUCGGCAGCAGUUGGUGGUCUCGUGGGACUCAGCAAUGCCAAACUCGGAAACAGCAAAACCAGGUUUGAGGGCCUGUGUCUGCUGUCAGUGUUGGUCAAGGAUUGUUCUAGCGAUGUGUUCCAGCAACACUGUCUGUCCUGGCUAAGGUCCCUACAGCAGGUCAUACAGUCCCAGGCUCCUCUCCCGUCUAUCCAGCUAGCGGUGGGUGUUCUCCAGGACCUGCUCCAGUACUCCUCCCAGCUACCUGAGCUGGCCAGGGAGGUGGGCCUCAACUCUAUCCUGGGGAUCCUCACCUCCCUGCUAGGCCUCAAGUCUGAGUUUCACCUAGCUGCCAUGGAGGGGAUGACUGCAUGUAUGACCUUCUACCCCAGAGCCUGUGGCUCCCUGAGGGACAAGCUGGGUGCCUGUUUCCUAUCCAAAAUGGACAGUGUCAACCCUGAAGUCCAAGAGGUGGCGUGUGAGUGUUAUGGUCGUCUGCCUUGUCUGGGCGGAGUCUUGGAGAGAGGGGGAGGCGGGCGUAGAGCCGAGGGAUGGACCAAUCAGCUUCACUGCCUGCUGGCCUCGGCCAAUGGCAUGCUGGCACAGCUCUACCAGGGCACAGAGUCCGAAGGGAUGGUGCCGUAUGAGGGGCCAGGUGUAGAGCUACCCUACCCUCCUCUGGACGACACGGACCCCCUCGUCCUCCUCCAGCUCCAACACAGAUACAGAGGUGUCUGCCUGGCACUCAAACACACCCUCAGUGUGGACCCGGCCUCUGCAGUGCGUUUGCCUGUACAGCAGGUUCUCAACCUGGUCUGUCGCGCCCUGGCCGUCAGCUCCAAGAGCAUAAAUUUAACAGGUGAUGGGUCUGUGCGACUGCUGGUGUUACCUUCCAUACACAACCAUUCUGUAAAGGUUCUGCAUGCUCUCAUCACAGCUGUAGGCAGUGGGUUGGUGCAGUACUCAAGUAUGUUACAGAGACUGUUCUCUCAGACUCUGUCUGCCUGGACCCCUCUACCUGAAACCAAUCUGGGACAACAGCGAGCAUUCAGUGCAGUGCGAGUGUCCCUGUACCGAACCUUGGAACUCUGGGUCAAGGUGGGAGGAGCCUCAGCUGGUGUGCUGCAGGGAAGCCCCACCCACUCCGAGAUCCUACUGGCCCACCUGCUGGGUGACAUCACGCCGGGAGCGGACUCUGUCAGGCUCCGUGCGGGACAGUCGACAGUGGCUGAUCUGGUUUCCAGCAAGCCCUGCCCUAAAAGCCGGAAGCCUGGAUUGGGUUUGGGCAAUGGGGGUGGAGCCUCUCUCCAGAGGAAAGGAGACUCGCUGGCCAAUCAGGACACAUGCAUGUCUGCACUCAGAGCACUGAGACAGAUCAUACUGACCAGUGGAACUCUGCUGAAGGAAGACGUACACAAGCGUCUCCACGAUGUCGUCCUCCCGUUGUGUGUACGCCUGCAGCAGCAGCAUGGGGGAGACUGUGGGACCGGGGCUGGGGGUGUUAGUGGUCAAUACGGUAGUGCCCUCCCUCGUAGGGAGCUGUACCGUCUGCUCCUAGCCCUGGUCCUAGUGCCCCCACCUCGAUGGCCCCCACCCCUCACCUGUACGGUGUCCAUACUCAGUCACGGACGCAGGGAUAGGAGCCUGGAGGUCUCUUCCUUUUGCACUGAGGCCCUGACCGUAUGCAACUCCCUUCUCCACCCCCGCACCCCAUCCCUCUGCCUCCCCCUGCCCCCCCUCACCCUCAAACCCAGCCCUGCCGCCUCCCUCCUCACCCCUUCCCAGGCCUCCAACCUCACCCUCCCCACUCUCCUCGGAGGGCCCUUCCCCGGCCGACACUCACUCGGCCUAGGCCACACCCUCCUAGGUUCCCUGGACAACCACCUGUCUCUGGUUCCUCCGGGGCUCUCUGGCCAGGGCUCUACCCCAGGAGACCUGCUCCUUUCCCCCCAUCAGGGCGAGCUGGCAGGGCUGGGGCUCUCAGAGGGCCAGAGACCCGUCUUCAUCCGUUACGACAAAGAGGAAGCGGAGGAUGUGGAGAUUUCACUAGAGAGCGACUCAGACGAUAGUGUUGUCAUCUUCCCACGGGGGAUGCUGAUGUUAGAGAACCAAGAUGGUAGCAGCACCGUGGCCACUCUCCCCGUGUCUUCCUUAGUACCAGGUGGGGUCACUCUCCCAGUACCCGGUCCAGGGGACGACCCAGGCGGGGACAUCUCUCUCCCCCUCGCCAAUGACCUCCCCUCCACCUCCCUCCCUCACCCUCUACUCCCCUCCUCCUCAGCUCCUAACUCCAUCAACUCAUUCCCUCCAGCUCCACUAGCCUCUCUGGUUCCCCCCCUCAACUCCACCGGUGUGACCCAGCUCGGUGCUCCCUCUGUGGGGCUAGGAGUUGGGGCUGACUCCCUCCCUGGAGCCCAGCUCCAGCAGAUGUUGCUUCAGGGCCAGCCACCAGUCCCAGGUCAACCCACACCACUGGGUCUCCCCAUACAGAUGCUCCAGAACCAGCUAGCUCAGCCCAGCAGAGCUCUACAGCAGCAACAGGCCAGUGAGGAAGAUCAUUCUGUUAUUAAUAUCAACAGCUCUGAUGAGGAAGAGGAGGAGGAUGAAGAGAUGGAGGAUGAGGAUGAGCUGGGAGAGGAGGAGGAUGAGGAGGGGUUGGAGGAUGAAGAGGAGGAGGAAGAAGGGAGCGAUUUCCCCGAUGAAGAAGAAGAGUUUUAUGGAGAAGAGUUUGAUGACUAUGAGGAGGAAGAGGGGGAGGAGAUGGAGGAGGAAGAAGAGGAGGAGGAAGAGGAGGAAGAGGAGGGCGAGAUCAGGUCAUUGGACAGAGAAGGGAGGAGAGGAGGAAUGGGGAGGGAGGAAGGAGAGGUGCUCAGAGAAGUACCGGAGGAUGGAGGGAUGGGCGGAUUCUGUGUGGAGGGAGAGAUGGAAGGAGGUAUAGAGGAGCUGGGGACUAACAGAAGGGUGUACGGGGAAGAAGGGGUGAAGGCUCAGGAGGUAGAGAGCAUCGGAGUGCUGGAGGAAGAGAGGGAGGGAGAGGAGGAUGACGCUGAUGGAAUGAACGACCCGACAAUGCCUCAGAUUCUGUGUGUGACGGGCGGAGCUCUGGAAGAGAGGGAGGAGCUAGGGGAGGGGCAUGGGCAGGAAGUGGGGUCAUGUGAGCAGCAGGGAGCCGAUCGUCCAGAGGCAACGCCCUCUUCUGAAGGCCCCGCCCCUCAACACAAACAGGAGGCGGAGCCUGCACAGGAAGUGAGGGUGGGCGGCAGCGACCAGCCAUCCAAUCAGGGAGAAGAACCAGCAAAACAGGGUGGGGACUCUGCUAAAGAGGAAGUUAAGCCAUCAGCAGCUCCGAGCGAGACAGAGGGGGAGGAGCCUGAACGAGAGAAAGGAGGAGAAGAGGGAGAGGAGGAUGGAGAAGAGGAUGGGAGAGGGAUGAAGAGGAAGAGGGAGGGAGAGGAGGAAGGAACAGGACAGGGCACAGAGAAGAAAAAGUUGGAUGAAGAAGUCAUGGCGUCCAUGUUGGCUGAUUUUGUAGCCUGCCCUCCGGACGACGAGGAAAAAGGUCCCUCAGCAUCCAACCUCCCCUCUUAAAGAUGUCCAGCCAUGGCUUCGUCAUAAAACCAUCAGAACAACUUGAUUUCUACCCCCCUCUUAUAGUCUCACAUAAGGUUUCAAAAUUCUCAGGUUUUCCCAAAAUCUCGGUUGCAAAGACUCCGAGAAUCGGGAGGGAAUAAGCAGGAAAUCCUCCGAUCAGAAUUUCUUGAAAACCUGUGUAUUUUGAGAAAGUUACCGCUGCAUUUUGCAUCCGUCUCACACAUGUAUUCAUUACCAACCUGCAGCUUAGACAAUGUUGAAAACAUGAACAUUUCCAACGUGAAAAUUGCCAUAUAGUCUCUGUAUGACUUGUUAAUUUCAUCUAAAAUUGACUUCCACACACUUUUAGAUGUUGGAAAUGGAUUGUUCCUAAAAUAAAAAUUACGUUUCGACUUCCAGGAAAGUGAAAGAGUUUGGAAUACACUCUGGACUCCAUAUUAAAUUCAUAUUAAAUUCAUAUUAUAUAUAUAUAUAUAAAACACCAGUUAGGUUAGUUUACGUCAACCUUAAAGUCUUGGACAUCAAAUGAUUGAAAGACACAGCGGUGAAGACUGCAGCUCUUCAGUAGUGCUGUGUGGUACCCUACAGUUAGUGUGUAGUCGUGGUGGUGGUAGCACUGCUGUGUGGUACCCUACAGUUAGUGUGUAGUCGUGGUGGGGGUAGCACUGCUGUGUGGUACCCUACAGUUAGAGUGUGUAGUCGUGGUGGUGGUAGCACUGCUGUGUGGUACCCUACAGUUAGUGUGUAGUCGUGUUAGUAGUAGUGUGGUUUUGGUCACCUAUCAUGUUCAUGUUUUUGAGGUCUUAUAUACAGUAUCAAUUCUUUUUGUUAUAAAAUAAAUAAACUUCAAAGACAACUGCUGAAA